GAGGCGAUGACGGGCGCGCGGCCGUGCGCCGCGGAGAAGCGCAGGGCCCGGGAGCGCGGCGGCGGCGGCGGAGGAACGGCGUCCGAGGCGGCGGCGGGCGGCAUGAGCGGGGCGCGGGGCGCGGGCCCGGCGCUGGCCGCGCUGCUGCUGGCCGCGUCGGUGCUGAGCGCCGCACUGCUGGCCCCCGGCGGCUCCCCGGACCGCGAUGCCGAGGCCGCCCCGCCGCGAGACUUAGAUAAAAAAAAGCAUGUAGAGCUGAAGAUGGAUCAGGCUUUGCUGCUCAUCCACAAUGAACUGCGUGGAACAAACCUGACUGUGUUCUGGAAUUCCGAACGCUGUUACCACUGCUUAUUUCAGGUUCUGGUCAAUGUUUCCUGGAGUGGGAAACCCGGGAAGCCUAGCAUUGCCGUGGUGGCGGUGAGCACCCAGCAUGGAUCUCUCCUGCAGCUUAAUGACACCUUGGAAGAGAAAGAAGUUUGUAGGCUGGAAUAUAAAUUUGGAGAAUUUGGAAAUUACUCACUCGUGGUAAAGCACUCCCAUAAUGGAGUCGGUGAAAAUGCUUGUGACAUAGUUGUCAACAAGAAGCCAGUCGACAGUAACCUUCCUGUGUGUAUCGCGUUCCUUAUUGGUGUGGCACUCAUCAUUGCAGUAUCCUUUCUGAGGUUUUUGUUGAGUUUAGACGACUUUCAUAAUUGGAUUUCUAAAGCAAUAAAUUCCCGGGAAACUGAUCGCCUCAUCAAUUCUGAGCUGGGGUCUCCAAGCAGGGCAGCCUCCAUCGGUGGCGAUGCUCAACCGGAAGCAUGGCGUCCGCCCGCUGCAACGCCACGCCUCCGCUGUAUAGACACAUUCAGGGGGAUAGCUCUCAUCCUCAUGGUCUUCGUCAAUUAUGGAGGAGGAAAAUAUUGGUACUUCAAACACUCAAGUUGGAAUGGACUGACGGUGGCUGACCUCGUAUUCCCAUGGUUUGUAUUUAUUAUGGGAUCUUCAGUUUUUCUAUCAAUGACUUCCAUACUGCAACGAGGAUGUUCAAAAUUCAGAUUGCUAGGGAAAAUUGCAUGGAGGAGUUUCCUGUUAAUCUGUAUCGGAGUGGUCAUUGUGAACCCCAAUUAUUGCCUUGGUCCAUUGUCUUGGGAUAAGGUACGAAUUCCUGGUGUGCUCCAGAGGCUGGGGGUGACCUACUUUGUGGUUGCUGUGUUAGAGCUCAUCUUUGCUAAACCUGUGCCUGAAAGUUGUGCCUCGGAGAGAAGCUGCUUUUCCCUUCGAGACAUCAUCUUCAGCUGGCCCCAGUGGCUCUUCAUUCUGAUGCUGGAAAGCAUUUGGCUGGCUUUGACAUUCUUCUUGCCUGUUCCUGGAUGUCCUACUGGUUAUCUCGGCCCUGGUGGCAUUGGAGAUUUGGGGAAGUAUCCAAAUUGUACUGGAGGAGCUGCUGGCUACAUUGACCGCCUGCUUUUGGGAGAUGACCACAUUUACCAGCAUCCUUCUUCCGCCGUGCUUUAUCAUACCCAGGUGGCCUACGAUCCAGAGGGAAUUUUAGGGACCAUCAACUCCAUUGUGAUGGCAUUUUUAGGCGUUCAGGCAGGAAAAAUACUCUUGUAUUACAAGGAUCAGACCAAAGACGUUCUGAUCAGAUUUACUGCCUGGUGUUGUUUUCUAGGGCUUAUUUCUGUUGCUUUGACGAAAAUUUCUGAAAAUGAAGGCUUUAUUCCAAUAAACAAAAAUCUGUGGUCCAUUUCAUAUGUCACCACACUGAGCUCCUUUGCCUUCUUCCUCCUGCUUAUCCUGUACCCCAUUGUGGAUGUGAAGGGACUGUGGACGGGAACCCCGUUCUUCUACCCAGGAAUGAACUCUAUUCUGGUGUACGUUGGCCACGAGGUGUUUGAGAACUACUUCCCCUUUCAGUGGAAGCUACAGGAUAAUCAGUCACACAAAGAGCACCUAACUCAGAACAUAGUCGCCACUGCAGUUUGGGUGCUCAUUGCCUACAUUCUUUAUAAAAAGAAGGUUUUUUGGAAAAUCUGACAGCUCCAGCUGAAAUGCAUUGCUAGCAGACUCUAGUGGGCCUGCGGGAGUGUUGAAGCAGCCUUUGUUAAAGGGAACCAUGAAUUACAGAAUCAGUAGGAUGUGUAUUUCCCAGUGAUUGGGGAAGCUGCUGAUGUGCUCUGGCUGGUUUACUAUGAUGCGGCUGUUUAUCAGAACUCUGUAUAUUUGAGACUUAUAUGUUUGGAAUAUAAUUGUCGUUUUUCUCCAUCUUCUAUGUAAAGGGAUGAAUUUAGAAUUUCAUUUAAAGGAUUUGUCAUUUAAGUCUUCAAAAGGAAAUUGCCAUGGGCAUUUUGUGUCUGUGACAGAUAAAACAAUCUAAAGUCUAA